AUGCACAGUGUUUAUGAAGCAAUUGAUGUGUACUCUUAAGUUAAUGGAUCUUAACAUUAGUAUAAAGACAUAGUAUUUUAAUGACGCCUAUUUAUAAUAAAAUCAGCAAUGCAGCUUUGAUUUUACUAACACAAUAACAUGGCUUCAAAAUUAAGAGCUUCUAAAAAGAAAACGAACAUGACUGCUAAAACUGUGGCAUUGUCUGAGACGUCUAUUGAAAAAGACUCGGGUGUGGCUAAGUCUGCGGCAGUGUUUACUUCGUCUAUUGGGAAAGGAUCGGAUAUGGUUAUUUCUACGGCAGUGUCUACGUCGUCUAUUGAAAAAGGUUCGGAUAUGGUUAAGUCUACGGCAAUGUCUAGGUCGUCUUUUGAAAAAGGAUCUGAUAUGGUUAAAUCUACUGCAUUGUCUACGUUGUCUAUUGAGAAGGGAUCGGAUAUGGCUACGUCUGCGUUAUUUUGUCAUUCUUCAAUUAAAAAUAGUUCGGAUAUGACAACAUCUCUGUCUCAUUUAUCUAUAGAGAGUGGUUCUGAUUUUGUUACUGACUUUAGUUGCAUUUCAUGCACAGAGAAAAGACUUGUGGAAAGUGCUGAGUUUUUCUGUGAGACAUGUCAAAAGUUGUUCUGCAGAAAGUGUAUUGCACUUCAUGACCAGUUGUUUACAAAUCAUAACAUUCUUGGAACAAGACACUUAAGUAAUUGGCCAAUUUUAAAACUGGAGAAUAACGUUCAGCGAAAUUGCCAAGUGCACAAAGGUGAAAAGCUUGAAAUGAUGUGCAUUGACCACAAUCAGCUGUGCUGCGCAAAAUGUGCUUUCAUUCAUCAUAGACACUGCCGUGAUGUGACACUUAUUUCCGAGUCGGUUAAACGACAGUCCACAAUUGCAUCGCAGUCCAACCCAGACCAAGUGUUUACUGUGGUAGGGAUAGUUGAUAUUGAUGUCAGUAUACCAAGUGAUGAAGAAAACUGUUGGAUAUCAGCUGUGUGUGUUCUUCCUGAUAGCCAAAUACUGCUUGUCGACACUACUAAUGAAACUGUAAAGCUGCUGGACCAGCAGUAUAGGUUGAUGUCGUACUUACUUGUGACUGGUGUUCCAGACGACAUGUGUAAUAUCUCCGCUGACCAGGUAGCAGUGACUGUGAAUACAAAAAGGACACAUGAGGUCCAAUUCAUCACAGUAACCAAUGGACAGUUAAUAAAGGGCAGAACGCUUCGGUUUGACCAUAAAUGCUACGGUAUUGCCAUACAUCAGAGAGACUUAUAUAUCGCUUCUAAUAUUGAACUGUUCAAGUAUACAAUGGAAGGUACAUUGGUGAGCAAAAUAUAUGGCGAUACAUCGUCUGAAGAUUAUGUUUGUAGAUGUGCCGUGAACUCAACAGGUACAAAUAUAUACAUAACCACAGCAACCAAAAACAAGGUCCUUAUCCUGACCAUGAACGGCACACUCCUGGCCACCAUUCAAGACCCUAAACUAGUUAACGCGCGGGGGAUACAUGUGACAGCAACAGACCAGAUUUUGGUCUGUGGAUGCUGGUCUUACAAUGUUGUGCAAGUGGAUGGUAAGAACAUGACGCUUACUGUACUUGGCUCAGAAUAUGAUACAUUGGGAUACUUAGACUCGAUAUGUUACGACAGCAACACAGCUACCAUCAUCCUGGGACAAAUGGACAACGAUAAGAUCCGUGUGUUAGAAGUUGCGUAACUUGUGAGGUCAUGCAACUCGCAUCUAUACAUUUGUUUUACCAUACGAUUAUACGAAAUAUUAGUCAUAAUCAGGGUAGAGUUCAUGAAACUUUACACGAAUUAUCCUACGCUUACUGUUUUUCAAAUGUGUUUAAUAAGUUCCGAAUCAGAUUAGUUAUGUUCGUUCUAGACCGCCAAUAAAGUAUGCAGAUAACCAGUCUAGUAAAUUGUUUCACCUGUUGGCAAUUCCAAAGAGGUUUAAAAUUCGCUUUUUUUUCGCGUUUACAAAUUUCAGUUAAAAAAAAAAAAAUAAGUCUUCAGAGAGUGUGUUCCUUAUCUUUGUUGAACAAUCUUUUACUGAAUCGAUUGAAAAUAACUGUUUCUUGUUAUACGAACAAUAUUUUUUCAACAUUUAAUUCUGGAUUUACAAUACUGAUAUAAAUCGAACAAAAACAGUAGUGAUAUAUACAGUUAUUUUAGAGUUACACUUGUAGCGGGGUAUUGUCUUUUUAUUCAUAAGACAGUCAGAUUGUUGGUUAUCAUUCUAUUAUUUAAAUCAUAUAUAAGAUUGCUGGUCUUACAAAUUUUACAAAAUACAUAGUAUACCGUCGUUAUCACGUUGUCAAGUGCAUGACAGUUUUCUAAAGUGUACAUUUUCAGACGAAGUAUUACCGUCAUAAGCGUUUGCCAUAUUAAUAUAAGGUGGCAUUUUGGUAAUGCUUUUGGUAUUUAUUUAUUGUUGAUUUCAAAAUAUGUCUUUUUCCACAAUGUUUUGUAUAGUUCGUUGUUAAUUAUUUCAUUUUCUAGAAGUAUGCAACAGUCAUCUAAACCGGUUCUUACGUUGUCAGUUUUUAUAGCUAUUUAUAUAGAUGUUUGAAACAAAUAUUUGAUAUUAUAUUAUUUCAAAUUAUUGCAUGUUGUCUAAGGAUUUAUUGCUGUAUAUGAUCAUUGUAAAACUAUUUUUUGAGAGUGUUUGGAUAUGGUAUUUCCUACUCAUAACACCCGUAUAGAAAUUAGUAUAUUUCGUUAAGGCGGCGUUCUCGUAAGAGACAUUUUAAGUGAAUAAGGAGCUCGACUAUAGAGAAUGUUGGAAUAGUCAGCUAAAUGCUUGAAGGCCCUCUCCAACUGAAGUAAUUUAAUGUAAACAAUAAAUUGAAGAAAAUGACGUUUAUUUCAUAUUUAAACGCACUUUUGUAUUAACUUUUAAGGAUUCGAAAUAACUUAGCUUCUAUGAAAGAAUUUACUGAACUAGUUGUAUAAAUAUUGUAUUGUAGGUACUGAAUUUAACCAAUAAACUAUAAAACUUA